UGGCUGAUUGUUGGUUUUUAAAAAGUUAAAAACAAGCAAGUCAUAUUUUAAAUGAAAAAUUAUAUAAAAAUUAACGUCGUUGAGCACCAGAUAAAUAGUAUUGUACUAACGAAUAUAGAGUUUAUAUUCGCUGUUCGUACAUUGAUCAGUAACUAAAGCAGAAUUUAUUUACAUAUAAAUUUUAGGAAAGCCGUAGGUAUACAAGAACUAAUAGAUCGUUUUUUAGAACUACUCAUCCUCAUAAGUAGUGUACCUAUCCUUUUGAUAGAGAGGAUCUACUAAAAACUGAUUUCUAAAAGCAUAGCCUAUGUGCAGCUAACUUUUAAGAUAAGAUAAAUACAAAUUCCAGAAACUUUUAUUUGUUUAUUGCCCACUGUUAUUCCAAAUCCAACAUUACAGCACAAUGCCACAUCUAGAGGUGUGCAAUGUUACAUUGGAGGGAUCUAGUUCUGGAUACCAUGUUUUAAAUGAUCACAGUUACGCUCGUUACAUAAAUGUACAGUCUGAUAUGGAAGAUAACAAUGGAAUUAAAAAAGAGUUUAUUGAACAUGACAACGAGAAUAAGCUAGUGACAUCAAUAGAUUUUCCAGGGGUGAAAAAUGACCCAGAAGUCAAAAUGGAGGAAGAAUUUGGUGAAUAUAGCCAAGAGAGUAAGUUCAUCUCAUCACUAGAUUUCCCAGAGGUAAACCAUGACCCAAAAAAAGAGUGCUCAGAUAUGGAAAUUAAUGUUGGAAUUAAGGAAGAAAUUGUUGAAUAUGACCAAGAGAGUAACAUUACAUUAAUAGAUCUCACAGAUAUGGAAAAUGGACCCAAGGAAGAUUACUCAGAUAUGGAAAUUAAUGUUGGAAUUAAGGAAGAAGUUGUUGAAUAUGACCAAGAGCGUAAGAUUACAUUAAUAGAUCUCACACAUAUGGACAAUGGACCCAAGGAAGAUUACUCAGGUAUGGAAGUUAAAGUUGAAUGUAAGGAAGAGCUGGAUGAAUUUGAUCAAGAGAGUCAGUUAUCCAGAUCAGUAGAUCUCCCAGAUGUGAAGAAUGACCUAGAGGAAGAUUACACAGGAGACACAAGUUUUGUUCACAAGGAGCAUGGAAUGGAAAUCAUGACAGCAUUAACUGAACAAUCAUGUAAUAAAGAAAAACACGUCAGCCAACAUGGCGAAGAAGAAACAUCAAAAUUUGCAACUACUUCAAAGGAGUCUUCCCAUAAGAAUGAUUUAAAUGAGUAUGUGGAAGUUGACACUGGCGGAGGCCCCUAUAAAUGUAACGUUUGUAAUAAGGAGUUUGCUGAAAGACGUGAUAUAAGUAGACAUAUGGAAUUCCACGUCAGUGGAGAAACACAUUUUAAAUGUGUAACUUGUUGCACGCCGUUUAUUCAUAUAAGUAAUUUAGAUGAGCAUAUAAAAAAUCACUCUGGAUAUAAACCUCACAAAUGUAACAUUUGCAAUGAGGAGUUUGCUCAUAAAAAUAGUUUAUAUGCACAUAUGAGACUUCACACUGCCGAAAAAUGUUAUAAAUGUGACAUUUGUCUUAAGCAGUUUAAACAUGAAAGUAAUUUUAAAGUACAUUUGAGAGUGCACACCGGAGAAAAAGAUUACAAGUGUGAAAUUUGUUGUAAGCAGUUUUCUCAGAAAGAUUAUUUGAAAAUGCAUUUGAGAGUGCACACUGGGGAAAAACCUUAUAAGUGUAAAAUUUGUAUAAAGCGAUUUGCUAGAAAAGGUGAUUUGAACAAACACUUAAUAGUGCACACUGAAGAAAAACCUUAUAAGUGUAAAAUUUGUAUAAAGCGAUUUGCUAGAAAAGGUGAUUUGAACAAACACUUAAGAGUGCACACUAAAGAAAAACCUUAUAAGUGUAAAAUUUGUAUAAAGCGAUUUGCUACAAAAGGUGAGUUGAACCAACACUUAAGAGUGCACACUGUAGAAAUAGCUUACAAGUGUGAAAUUUGUUUUAAGCAGUUCACUCAUAAAACUUAUUUGGAUGCGCAUACGAAAGUUCACACUGGAGAGACGCCUCAUAAGUGUGAAAUUUGUUUAGAACCAUUUUCUGCAGCAGGUUAUUUGAGAAUGCAUUUGAAAGUACACACUAAAGAAAAGAAUUACAAGUGUGAAAUUUGUUUUAAGCAAUUCAAACUAGAUGAAAAUUUAAAGGAGCAUAUGAACGUUCACACCGUUAAAAUAUCUUUGGAUGCGGAUGAGACAGUUCACACUAGAAAAGCGCCUUACGAGUGUAACAUUUGUUUUAAGCAGUUUAUGGACGCAAGUAAUUUGAAACUACAUUUGAAAGUACACACUGAAGAAAAUAAUUACAAGUGUGAAAUUUGUUUUAAGCAGUUCAAACUAGAUGAAAAUUUAAAGAUGCAUAUGAACGUUCACACCGUUAAAAUAUCUUUGGAUGCUGAUGAGACAGUUCACACUAGAAAAGCGCCUUACGAGUGUAACAUUUGUUUUAAGCAGUUUAUGGACGCAAGUAAUUUGAAACUACAUUUGAAAGUACACACUGAAGAAAAUAAUUACAAGUGUGAAAUUUGUUUUCAGCAAUUCAAACUAGAUGAAAAUUUAAAGAAGCAUAGGAACGUUCACACCGUUAAAAUAUCUUUGGAUGCGGAUGAGACAGUUCACACUAGAAAAGCGCCUUACAAGUGUAACAUUUGUUUUAAGCAGUUUAUGGACGCAAAUAAUUUGAAACUACAUUUGAAAGUACACACUGGCGAAACACCUUACAAGUGUGAAAUUUGUUUUAAGCGAUUCAAACAUAAAAUAUCUUUGGAUUUGCAUACGAAAGUUCACACUGGAGAAACUCCUCACGAGUGUGAAAUUUGUUUUAAGCAGUUCACUGCAGAAAGCAAUUUAAAAGUACAUUUGAGAGUGCACACUGAAGAAACGCCUUACAAGUGUGAGAUUUGUUUAAAGCGGUUCAAACAUAAAAUAUCUUUGGAUGCGCAUACGGAAGUUCACACUGAAGAAAUGCCUUACAAGUGUGAGAUUUGUUUAAAGCAGUUCAAACAUAAAAUAUCUUUGGAUGCGCACACGGAAGUUCACACUGGAGAAACGUCUCACAAGUGUAACAUUUGUUUUAAGCAGUUUAUGGACGCAAGUAAUUUGAAACUACAUUUGAAAGUACACACUGAAGAAAAGAAUUACAAGUGUGAGAUUUGUUUAAAGCAGUUCAAACAUAAAAUAUCUUUGGAUGCGCAUACGAAAGUUCACACUGGAGAGACGCCUCAUAAGUGUGAAAUUUGUUUUAAACAAUUUUCUACAGCAGGUUAUUUGAGUAUACAUUUAAAAGCACACACUAGAAAAAAGAAUUACAAGUGUGAAAUUUGUUUUAAGCAAUUCAAAAUAAAUGAAAAUUUAAUUAAGCAUAUGAACGGUCACACCGAUGAACAACGUCAUAAGUUUUAUAAAUGUGAGAUUUGUGGUAGUCAGUUUAGUCAUAAAAGUUAUUUUGAUAGCCAUACUAUGUAUUAUCACCGUAAACAAACAACUCGGAAAUAUCAAAUUUUAAAUUACGUAAUGAACGAUCACAAUUCCAAAGGACGUUAUAGAUGUAAAAUCUGUUUUAAGUGGUUUGUUCAAAAAGAUUCUUUAAAAGAACAUAUGCUUGAUCACUCCGGAGAAUAAUCUCAAUGUAACUAUAUAUCUACAGCUGCCUGCGGUCAGUGAAUAGUUUACACCACAGAUUCCCAAACAGGGAACAGAGAAAGAAGCAUUAACGAAACUCACGAUAGGGUAUUAAUAUCAGAAGGAGAGCUACAAGAACGAAUAAAAAAAUUUAAAAACAUAAAAGCAUCUGGUCCUGAUACGAUAAACAAUGAACUGCUAAAAUAUGGAAGAACAACACUAUUCGUUGUGUGCAAGUACUUGGAGGCGAUACGAGAAACGAGCGUGCGUGAAUAGCGGAGAAAUCUUGCUACUUUCUUAAAUAAUUCAUAUUGUCAAUUGAAAUUGUCAAAUUGACGUAUAUUUCAUGCCUACUGUCAUUGAAGAAGAAAAAUUAUAUGUUGCUCCACAAUGUUGAUAUGGUAUGCAAUUAUUAUAUAAAAGUAAAUUUAAUCAAUUUUAUUUGUUUGUAGUACUGCAUUUUAAUAAUCAAUUUUAUUUACUACAUACAAUUGUUUACCUUUUAAUACCAUAGCCUAAAUCUUACUUUUUCUUCUUAAUAAUUUUUUUGGGCUACGGCCUUGACGAUUAUCCAGCAACCAGGGAUGGGAUUCUGUGUACAAUCGCUAACGCCGAUCGCUUUCUAUCAAUAUAUUUGAAUUUUUAGUUUUAAUUCAAAUAUUUUCUUGUUUUACUAAGUGUCACUUCAGCAUCAAUUAGAGUAUAACCUAGCAAAACUAGAAAAUAAUUCAAUUAAAGCUAAAAAUUCAAAUAUUUUCACGGCAAUUGACAUCGAUAGAAAGCGACGUGUAGAUUAUCUACAGUGCACGGAAUCUAGCCCCAGGACUAAUAUAAUUGGCCAAAAGAAUUAAAAGUGCGAAAAUUGUUGCUGAUCUAUGAAACCUCUCGCGGUGUUAAACUUGUACUUUUCUGAUAAAAUUGUUCAAAUUCAAUGCACAAAACUGCCACUAUCAGCGCUGGCGAAAACUGUCAAAUCCCCUCUACUCAUCGGCUCACAGCGGAUGCUUCGAUACGUAUUCGCAUCGAGUUUGCAUACGGUUCGUUUUGCGAUCUCGCGUCGAGUGUUCGUAAUCCCGCCCCUGGUGUCAGGUGCAUAGAUGUAAUAACACAUAGAUUAUGCAAAGUCCGAAAAAUAGCGUAACGCGGAGCAGUUCGGGUCGGUGGUCUAUCUAUCUGUCUCUAGCGGCGCGCGGCGCUUAGCUUUCUCUAGCAUAUGAUCGCCGCUGCCUCUGUGUCUCUGUCGUUCCAUUACUCUCACCCUUCACUUGUUAUUUUUAUAGUAUCAUGCUCUCACCAAUUGGUAGAUACGCUCACACUCGUACCACAGCAUAAUAAACGAGACCAGCAAGGACACUCCCCGAUGCCGCCUUUGAAGUUGAAAAGUACAGAGUCGCCAUUUUGCGCGUAGUACAUCUCAGUGGUGAUGUGAUGUGUUCGUUCAUCAGUGUUGCCGAUGUCACUAUAUGAAAUUAUAUCAAGCCACCGCUAAAAUGAUCAGAUUUUGCCAAAAAUUAUGUUAAAAUUUUUGAUCUUGGUAGUUUCUAAGGGUAAUAAAAAUACAUUAAGAAAAAAGUUAGUUUAUUCAACUUAACUUGUUAAUUCAAAAAUACUUGUAACAAAAUUAUAUGUAAUAUUAUCAUAUAUUAUACUAUAAUAAAACUUCAUCUGGAACGCUUUCAACUAAAAUUUCCUCAUCCUCAUCUUGUGAAAAUGAAGACUUUAUGUGAUUAAAAUAAUUUAACAUUUUUUGUCUGUUUGAAAGGAGUAACCAUUCUUUUACUCCUUCACUUUUGCUAACACUAAUUUAAUAUUUGCUCACAAAUCGCAUUUAAACGUCGACAAACAACGAUAUCUAAGAAAACGUGAUUUUUUUAUUUCUGAAAUGCUGCAGUAUCAGUUAUAUUGCACUAACUUUAUUACCCGUAAGAUAUUCUUUUUGAAUAUUUUCUGGAAUUUCUGCAAAAGAUUAACAAUACAAUCGCCAUUCAUCGUCAAUAUUUUGUGUUAUGUCCCAAUUAUUGACAUAAUUCCCACAGGCAUACGUAUAAAAUUAAGCUAAAUAAUAUUUAUUAUUAGAAUGUCAUAAAAGUUAAGUAAAUCUGAUAAUUAUGUACAAAUCGGCAACACUGUCGAUUUUCUACACUGUCUGGUACUACGCGAAAAAUGACCGACGAUCUGCGUAGUAAUAGUGCGCGAACUUUUCCCGCCUUCUAGUGUGUCACUGCUAUUUUUAUUAUGCUGUGCUCGUACGACAACGACAGACAGAGAUAGCUAGACCACCGUAGUUGAUUGGCGUUACACCCCGAUGCCACAGCCAUAGCCACCUUUACUUAACAAGCCAUGAAGUUGAAAGUUGGCAACAUCUAUUGGUAGACCGAUUAAUUCUGACAGUUCUCAUUUGUUUUUAAAUAAUUUUCACUGUAUUUACAGAGAAACUGAAAUAUUUUACAAUAUUUCGUGCUCCAAAUUAUAAAGAACAUUUAAAGGUAUGUUAUUAAGAUGAUUUUAGUUCAAUAUAUUUUUAUAUAAACUUGCGUGCAUAUAGAAAUCCGUCCACUUAAAAAUGUUGUCAUCUUUAAUGUCUUAUUUCCUAAAUCUGUUGGCAGAUUUAAGUGAUUUUUUAAUAUGUUAUAGCCUAAUUCUUUUACAAUACCGCUGUAAUAAUAUUGUUGCUAACCAGUUAAAUUUUUAUGGUGUACCGGGCAUUUAUAAAAUACUGAAAUUAAAACCCAACUAUAGACUCCGGUUUUCUUAACAUUCUGUUUUUUUGAUUAAUUCGCUUAUGUUUAACAACUAUAUUUGUUCUUUAUCAAUUCAGGGUGUUUCUAAAUAAGUGCGACAAACUUUAAGUGGAAAGGAACAAAAUGUAAAAUUUUGACGCCUGUAUUUUAAAUGUAAUCAUUUUUUUCAAAUCCUGAGAAAACUAAUAAGUAUUUUUGAAAAAUUUAAACGCAGAAGGAAAGAUUACUUUAUUGCCGAGGGCAGAAAGUCCCUUACAAUGAAUAAAAUGUUUUUUAAUGACAUAUUUGAAACUAAAAAUCACAUUAAAUUUUCUUAAUUUUUCACCCCUGUAACUUAUUAAAAUAAACAUAGAAGUUUUCAGGGACUUUCGGCCCUCGGUCCUAACGUAAUCUUUCAUUCUGCGUUUAAAUUUUUCAAAAAUACUUAUUAGGUUUCUUAGGAUUCGAAAAAAAUGAAUCCCGUUUAUAUUCUUGUUAUUGCUUUUUUUGUAUAAUAAACGUUACUUA